CCCCCGACCCGACCCGACCCGACUCAGCAGCAAUAUUCAGUGACGAAGCUGCUUCGCAGUCAUUGAUUAGUCAACACCACCGUCGAAGACUUACCGGAGAGUUUCUCUACGGUAGGUUUGGAGGAUUCUGUAGCUUGUGGAAAUACAGAGAGACACCAUGAACACUGAGAAUAAUCAAACUGCUACUACUACUACUACUACCACCACAACUCUCUCGAAAGUGAUCUCUCAUGUUUUUGUCACUGGUACUGCUAAGCAAGGCUCUCUUGGUCCACCCAUCGGUCUUGUCGAUAUUGGCGUUAGCGAAGCUGCCUACAUCUUCAGAGUCUCUCUCCCUGGCAUUGAGAAAAAUCAAAAUAAGAUCAAAUGUGAGAUUCAGAGGGAGGGAAGAGUAUGCAUCCAAGGAGUAGUGCCUGAGAUUGCGAUUCCAAGUGAAACCGGAUACUUGUACAGAAUGCAGGUUCAACAGCUCUGCCCUCCUGGUCCAUUCUCAAUCACGUUUAACCUUCCUGGACAAGUGGAUCCUCGUUUGUUUUCUCCAACGUUUAGAUCUGAUGGGAUCCUUGAAGUUGUUGUCGUCAAGCUCGGAGUGCGCGUCCCAACUUCAUAGUUCCAGUUUUCAUAUAACUAGGAGGAUAUCCAUCUCACUUUAUCAGCAUUUAGUAGCAUUCGGCCGACCUAUAUAGGUCUUUGGUUCAGAUUCAUAUGUUAGAGAGUCAAGACUGUUCUAGUUUUUUUUUCUUUUUCUUUUUUUCUUGUAAAAUCUUGUUCAAUGAUCAGAUUCCUUGAGAUGUUGUCCUUAGACUCUGAAAAAGGUUGCUGGAUGUGAAACGGUACUGUUUGGAAGAGAAAUGAAAGUGAAAAAUAAAAUAAGAAAA